CGACUCUCUCACUCAUUUGGCUGACGUUGUCAGUUGAGCUUUCCUUUUCCUCGAAUCCACAUGGAGCAUGAAAGGGUCUUCCGGCUUUAAUUAAACUGAGAUUUAUUUUAGCAGCACCAAGCAUCUGGAAACUGCAGCAUCAACCCUGCCUCACACUUAGAAACACAAAGUUUCUUUUAAGGUCCCUUCUAGUCCUAGCCUCAUCUGGUGCUGUUUUAGUAUUCAAUAUGGCCUACGAGUUAAGUGAGAUAAAGAAGGCUGGUAUUGGCCUAAUUGGCUUUGGCAUCUUUUUCUCAUUUCUUGGCAUACUUCUUUUCUUUGACCGUGGCUUGCUCGCUCUGGGAAAUAUAUUCUGGCUGGCAGGUGUAGCACUUUUGCUUGGUUGGCAUUCCACAUGGAACCUCUUCACCAACAGAGCAAACUAUAAGGGUUCUGUCUCGUUUCUUCUAGGGCUCUUCUUCAUUUUUGUUAGGUGGCCUAUAUUUGGUAUAAUACUUGAAAUAUAUGGUUGUUUUGUUCUCUUCAGUGGUUUUGGGUCAUCUAUCAAAGUAUUCCUCUACCAUAUUCCUUUUGUUGGAUGGAUUGUACAGUACCUGUCUCCUCCUUGAUCGCCUUGUUGGAACUUGACCGGAAAGGGACUGAAUGCCUCUUGCUAUUUGAUUUUGAUGUUUGUAUAACAAAAGGGUUUCCACUUUCCAAAUGCUCUUAUUAUAUUUUCGUUCUCCGACUCUGACAAGUAAACACAACGGAAAGAAUAGCUUUUCUCUGGAAUGUGCUGAAGCAGGUGUCAAGCUAGUCGUUAGAAAAUAAAAAAAUAUGAGAAGUAGGUCUCCAUGUGUUAUCAAGCAAAGGUACUGAACUUUCUAUAAUGUUUUGCAUAUCUACAACGAAUGGGAAACUCAUUAACGGCGUUCAUUAA